AGUAUUAGGUAGCUUAGCUACUCAGUUUAAUACCAGCAAUUGCCCUGCGAGGGUGCUGUUUCUGUGACUCUGAACCUGAACAAAGUCAAAAACGAGAGCAAAAGCCGCAGUGUUUGAUUGUCCUAGACUAUCCGUUUGUCGUCCUUAAUACUCAUUAAAAUUUAUUGUCAAAAUGUACACAAACUCCGCAAGUGAUGGUGACGGAGGAGGAGAUGUGCGUAAGCACGAAUCUCUUGAAAUGAGUAAAGAAUUGGGCCACACAACCAGCUUGCAGUCCAGCCCACCUACAACUACGGACACGUCCAAUAAACAGCAGUUGGUAAAAAUUGAGCAACUCCCCGAUCGCGGAUCAUGGUCUUCCAAAAUGGAUUUCAUACUAUCAGUAGUGGGCCUAGCUAUAGGUUUGGGAAACGUUUGGCGAUUUCCCUAUUUGUGCUACAAAAAUGGAGGCGGUGCAUUUAUAUUACCAUACAUUAUAACGCUGUUUUUGGCAGGUAUUCCAAUGUUUUUCAUGGAACUAGCUCUUGGUCAAAUGUUGACAAUUGGUGGACUCGGUGUAUUCAAAAUUGCACCCAUAUUUAAAGGAAUUGGGUAUGCUGCUGCUGUAAUGUCUUGUUGGAUGAAUGUUUACUAUAUUGUCAUUCUUGCUUGGGCGGUAUUUUACUUCUUCAUGUCGAUGAGAGCAGAUGUCCCUUGGAGAACGUGCAACAAUUGGUGGAACACAGUCAACUGUGUCAGUCAAUAUGAAAGGAAAAAUUUGCAUUGCUGGGAUACGAUUAUCAACGGCACCACGCAAAAGGUUUGCUCCGUAUCUGCUCUAAACAUAACAUCUUUAGAACUCACAGAUCCAGUCAAAGAAUUUUGGGAGCGGCGAGCUCUUCAAAUAUCGCAUGGUAUUGAGGAGAUUGGAAAUAUUCGCUGGGAGUUGGCUGGAACUUUAUUACUCGUUUGGAUCCUCUGCUACUUUUGUAUUUGGAAGGGAGUAAAAUGGACAGGGAAAGUAGUAUAUUUUACUGCCUUGUUUCCCUACGUUCUCCUGACGAUUCUACUGGUUCGCGGAAUUACAUUACCUGGCGCUUUGGAGGGCAUUAAAUUUUAUAUAAUUCCAAACUUUUCAAAGUUGACCAAUUCUGAGGUGUGGAUCGACGCUGUCACCCAAAUAUUUUUCUCAUACGGGCUUGGACUCGGUACUUUGGUGGCGUUAGGAAGUUACAACAAGUUUACCAAUAAUGUCUACAAGGACGCGCUUAUUGUCUGCACAGUCAAUUCUAGCACCAGUAUGUUUGCUGGAUUCGUAAUAUUUUCGGUAAUAGGAUUUAUGGCUCACGAGCAACAGCGACCAGUGGCUGAUGUAGCCGCAUCAGGACCUGGCCUUGCAUUUCUUGUUUAUCCAUCGGCAGUUCUGCAGUUACCAGGGUCUCCAAUGUGGUCUUGCCUCUUUUUCUUCAUGCUUCUGCUCAUUGGAUUGGACUCACAGUUUUGUACAAUGGAGGGCUUUAUCACUGCCAUUAUUGAUGAAUGGCCGCAGCUGCUGCGGAAGCGGAAAGAAAUAUUUAUUGCUAUUGUAUGCGCUCUUAGCUACUUAGUGGGCUUAACCUGUAUUACACAAGGUGGCAUGUAUAUCUUUCAAAUAUUGGAUUCAUAUGCAGUUAGCGGUUUUUGCUUACUGUGGCUCAUAUUCUUUGAGUGUGUUUCAAUAUCUUGGUGCUAUGGAGUGGAUCGAUUUUAUGACGGAAUAAAGGAUAUGAUCGGAUACUAUCCCACUGUUUGGUGGAAGUUCUGCUGGUGUGUCACAACGCCCGCUAUAUGCUUGGGAGUGUUUUUCUUUAACAUAGUUCAGUGGACUCCUAUUAAGUACUUGGACUACAGCUAUCCAUGGUGGGCGCAUGCUUUUGGUUGGUUUACGGCGUUGUCAUCAAUGCUUUACAUACCACUUUACAUGUUUUGGUUGUGGAAACGAACUCCUGGUGAAUUGAGUGAGAAAAUUCGAGCUCUUGUACGGAUAGACGAGGAUGUAACCCGGUUACGUGAGAAAAUGCUGAGAGAAGCUUAUGUCAAGGAGAUAGAAUUUAAUUCUUUAUAGACGUUUUUAAGUUAUCUCAUAUUGUUGUAAGGUACUUUUUGUUUGGCCAUUCAAUCAGUUAAAUUUAUUUAAAUUAAUUUUCUACAAUUUGGAAAAAGACAACUUAUUUUGAAAGUUUUCCUUUUCUUAAAACCAACUUCCCUAUUUUGACAUUUGCAAUGAAUCAUUGUAACAGUUUUAUAUUUUCAUUUAUGUUCCCUUUAUAACUCAGAACUAGUCUUUUUAAUCAAUCGCAAGGGGUCAAGGUUUUUCAAUGGUUAUUGCAGUGUUUUUUGUCGUACUUACUUAAGGUGGUAUGCCAGAAAUAUCUAGAGUAAUUAGAAUCACGAAUUUCUGAAUAUUCUGCUUCUGAAGCAUAAACAUAUAUAUGAAGAAUCCAUGGAGUUCUAAAAGCCAUUUGUCCCUCAUGUUUCAUUGUGUGAAUCACGCAUUAAAGAAUACGUGCAAAAGAAACAUUAUAUAAACAAUGUCCGUAUAUUCAGCAGCGACAGAGAGAAAUUUUAUUUAUAUAUGCAUCCCUUCCAUUGUAAGUUUUAGUCCGCAGCAAUAGACCCAGGAUGUUUUUUGCAUGGCUUAUCAAGAAUGACUUCCAGAUCUACAUGGCUUUAACAUGUCAACAGCAAAAUCAAACUUUGGCUUUAUCAGUGAGAUAAACAUCUUUUUUCAAAACUAUUACAGAAUAGAAAGGGUUUUGAGAUCUAGUUGUGUUUAGAAAUAAGAUAUAUUAUCCGCAAUGAAAUUAUGUAAUGUAAUGUUAUGUAAUAAGAUUGACACCAUAUAUAUACAGAACUAUUUUUGACAAUGUGCUUCAGGCAUUGCUAUGUAAUUUAUCUAUAAAAUGUCAAUAUGUU